AUGUCAGUUGGAAGACAAACAAAGAAAAAGAGAAGACAACAUCAGGCAGGGAUGUUGUUUUUCAAAUAUCCAAAUGAAGAAUUCGGAGAAACAAACAUUUCAGUCAUCAGAUCUCAACUCUGCAUGAAAAUGACACAUAAAGAGAGAAAGGCUUUAUUUUAUUUAUUCCACAUAUAUGUACACUCUCUUCAGAGUUGCCUGAUUGCUUCAAAUAAAAUAAGAAGUGAGCUUAAAGUUGACUAA